UGGCUAUUCAGUCUUUUAUACUGUCUACGUGGGUAUCAAAUUCUCAAUCUAAUUCAGCAUGGCUCGCAGAAACCGCAGCUUCAGAGCUUCCGGACGCGCGCUCGACAUCCUCAACAGCAUCAACAGUUCCAGCACCAGCCGCAAACAACGCGAUCGACCUGUCCGAAAUUCCCGCCGCGCGACGCAUGGGGGAGAGAGUCAAGGCGUCCCUGAAAAUCGGGACGAUAUCUGGCAGAUUCCUGUGUCGCCGGAAAAUCGCACGCCUUCCCCUCCGGCCCCCGGGCACACACCACCGCAGACUCUACACAUACCCGAAGCAGAACCUACACCGCGACGGUCGCGGCGACUACAACACGAGGCACCGGAGAACUCGUCCCCCCUGCGAGAUUCGUUGCGGCAAGAAGAGCAGACGUCCGAAGUGGAAGAACCAGAGCCAGAGGCGGAGGAGGAGGAAUGGGUAUCAGAUGGACAGGGCUCCGAAGGAAGUGAGCAAGUGAGUCAGGAGCCGUUGGAGGAAUACAAUGAGAGCGAUGAGGGACCGGAUGGGCAACAAGCGGUGGCGCACGAGACCGCGACGAAGAAAAGGAAGACCGCUACGGUGGAUGGCCUGGGGGACGAACAAGAACAGCAGAAUACGCACGAUCGGGAUCAGACUGCGCCCCAUCGCGACAAUCCUGAUCAUCUUUCUAGUCCCACAUACCGUCGUCAGCGGCGCCGGGCCCGGUCUCCGUCACGAGUACGGAUAGAGGUCCCUCCGCGCGCGUCGUCGCCUGCGCGAUCCGAAGCAUCUCCGGAUUCCCAUGACCAGACCCAAACGACCGAUCGGGCCCUGGUGGUUGCGCCUGAGUCGGUUCAGGAGACCUGGUUUGACCAAGCGCAGCAUUUGGGGGGCCAAGAGGAUAACUGGAGGACGCUGAUCGCCGUGGUGGGCGUGCUCCGGAAAAUCAAGGUGCCAUCCGUGGAGCACUACCUGGGAGACGUCAAGGGUGCCGUCGACUUCUUCCGAGACAGUUACAAGCGCGCUGUCAUUACGCCGCUCCGGGCAGGCGACACGCCCGGGUCCGAGAGCGCGGCGCAGUUCGACGACCUCCUCGCCGUGAUCCAACAGGAAGGGGACCAGGUCAUGGACGUCAUCUACGAGCUGACGAAUCCGGCAAAGCGUCGGGACCUUCUUGAUGGGUUUGGAGCCCGAGCGAUCGACUGGGCCUACAAGGUGGUGAAGCAAUGCUUCCGAGCCUACUAUAUUGCCGGGGGACGGUAUCCGGCGGCGCGACGACAUUUCCGUCGGGCGUUGGCCCUGCUCUCCUGGUUCUGUCGACGGCUGGGCUCGUUGGCGGGUCGGAGGCAGAUGGAGGGGCGGCAGAAGGAGCUGCGAUGGUUGGAAAAGUCGCUGGCCAAACUCCAAGCGGCCUUGGAGUCGCGGGCGUUGGAACCGGAGGCCCGGGAGGCCCCCGAGGGCCCCGGGGGCCCCAUCGGAGGGGGCACACUCCGCGAUCUGGCUUUCCCUUAUGGUCGCAAGCCGUGGACGAACGACGAAGGGCAGGCUUUACUGGAUGGUCUACAGCGAUACCAAGGCCCGGAUCGAUACUAUCGGAUCCUCACCCAGUCGGGUCGACGACUCCUCGGUCGUACCGCGUUGGAACUGCGGGAACAAGCGUGCCAGUUACGGGAUCGCAUCCUGACGCAGCACGGCCAUGAGCUCCACGACAGGGAGGGACAACGGAAAUGGCGAUGGUUAUCGAGUGUGCGCGAGAAUUGAGAUGAUGAUCGAGAUACCCAGUUCUAUUUUUGUAUAAUUUCUACUAUCUUAUUCCAACCACUGCAGUACCACUACGACCACUACAGCUCAACGAACCAUGGGUCGAGCAGGUGGAGCCC